GAGCUUUCUUGCUCGUUCUUAUGCUUGACUCUUUUAUCGUUUAUCAUAAACUCUCUGUAAACUUCUCUGUCUCUUCUUCUUUUUCUGCGUUCUUGCUUGUUCAAAUUGUUCGUGAGUAUGUUUUUGUUCGUGCUCGUCUUCUUUGGAUUGUAACCAUUUUCCUCUGUAGAUUUGCUUUUGCUUCAAUUUGGAUUGUAGUCUGUUUUCUUAUACGCUCACUCCUCUCUUUACGUUUUGUGUCCAUUCUAAAUCCUUAAAGGUUGAUGUUUCUUUUGGAAUGUAGAGGCUUUGGUAGUUUGUGAAAGCCAAAUAAACACAUCUCUCUUAGUUUUGAGUCUGUUUUUAACCGUCUUUCUCUGUAGAUUUGCUACAAAGGUAGGUUCUUUUGCUUCAAUUUGGAUUGUAGUCUGUUUUCUUAUACGCUCACUCCUCUCUUUACGUUUUGUGUCCAUUCUAAAUCUUUAGUUUAAGAACAGUGAAGUUUCUUUUGGAAUUUAAACCUUUUUGGUUGAUGUUUCUUUUGGAAUCUAGAGUCUUUGGUAGUUUGUGAAAGCCAAACAAAACACAUCUCUCUUUUAAUAGGUUUGUAUUUCCAUUUUUUCUUGGUUUUUCAGAUAUGGCGAUGAACUGUGAAUCAUGUGGAAACACAAGAGCUUUGGUUUAUUGUUGGGACUGUGGCCAACCGAGAAUCUGUGUUCCAACAUUCCAACACUUUGGAGAUCACAUCAGGACACAUAUGCAUAGUCCUGUGUGUGAUCUCUGUUCAGUGAAGCCAGCCCUUGUUCGUUGUUUUAAUGGUGGUGGGUUAUACUUUUGUCAGAACUGUUUUGUGGGUCAGGCUCAGGAGUGUGUUGUCAGAAAAGACCAUCUGGCUGUUGUCCCCUUCUCAGGACACAUUUAUUGUUCUGCUGCACCGACUCAGCAACUCACCGUAGCUGCACCGACUCAGCAACU